AUGGAUGUAGAGAAAUACGAGAAUGAAAAAAAUGAAAAAGUCGAUUUAAUCAUAUGUUGCGGUGAUAUGCAAACAAUAAGAGAUGAUGUUGACUUACAAGACAUGGCAGUAAAAUCACAUAGAUCAAAGAAAGGUGAUUUUUGGGAAUAUUAUGAAGGGUUAAAAAAAGCACCUAAGUUGACUAUUUUCAUUGGUGGAAACCAUGAAACUCCAAAUGUUUUAAUUCCACUCUAUUAUGGUGGAUGGGUAGCUCCAAACAUUUUUUAUUUAGGCAAUUCUGGAGUUGUUAGAGUUGGUGAUAUUAGAAUUGCAGGUAUCUCUGGUAUUUAUAAAAGUUAUGAUCAUUAUAGAGGUUAUUACGAAUCAAAACCAUUUACUGAAGAAAGUAAAAGGAGCUGGUAUCAUAUUAGAAGGUUUGAAAUUCAGAAACUAUUACUCAUUGAAAAUAUAAAGUCCAACUUUUUUGAUUCUAAUGAGUCAAGAAAAGUCGAUUUGAUGAUUUCUCAUGACUGGCCAAAUGGAAUUGAAAGGUUCGGAAACUUAAAUUACCUUUUAAAAAGAAAACCAUAUCUCAAAGAAGAUAUUGAAUUAGGUAGGCUUGGAAUCCCUGGCUGUAUAGAAUUAAUUGAGCAUUUGAGGCCGUUGUUUUGGUUUUCAGGACAUCAUCAUUGUUUCUUUGAUGCUUCAAUAGAAUUUGAAAAUAAGUUAUAUUCAUCCGAAUUUAGAGCAAUUGAUAAAUUUAAAAGUUCAAGUUCUCCAGUGAGAUAUUUUGAUUUAAAUAAUAAUACAAAGGAUGUUCGUAUUUAUUUAGAUUUGGAAUGGUUAUCUAUACUAAGAUCUGUUGAAUCAAAUUUUCCAAAAGGAGAUUUUAUAAUGGAAAAAAACUCGGUACCCAAUUUAAAUAAGCCAACCAAAUACGACAAUGAUGCUAUUAAAAAAAACCUUAGAGAAGUUAUUGGAGAUUUAGAUGAAAGUCGUUAUGAAUGGCCUUUAUGGGAUCAGACAAAUGGAAACUUCAAAAACUUUCAAGAUCAAUAUAAUUUCAUAAAAAGAAUUAUUGAAUGA